AUGGGUUCAUGGGACACGCUGCUGCUUGAGUGCGUCCUCGCCUCGGUAGCCGUCGUGUCUCUCUUAUCCAACUCACUUGUGCUACUGUGUUUCUCUCGCAGCUCAGAGAUCCGCGCCCGCGCGCCCGGACUUUUCAUCCUCAACCUGUCCCUGUGCAACAUCCUGUCCACCGUGCUCAAUGUGCCCACAACGCUGCUCGCGCUCUCCAAGAACCAGAAACCAUUCGGGGACUCACUUUGCCGUGCAGCGAGCUUUGCGGACAUAUUUCUGACUACAAAUGCUAUGCUGAGCAUGGCUGCCCUGGGUGUGGACCGGUGGGCAGCUGUGGCGUUUCCGCUUACCUACUCAAGCAGGGUGAAGCACAAGCACGCCGCCCUGAUGGUGUUUUACGCGUGGAUGCACUCUCUGGCGUUGUCCACGGUGCCCGCACUUUUCUCGUGGACAGACUACAGCCCUGUGUACGCCUCGUGCACGGUGCACCUGCAGCAGAAUGAACCCGGGUUCGCCGUUUUUACCGUGGUGUUUCACUGCACGAGCUUCGCGCUCACGCUGCUUGUCCUCUGCGUCACGUACCUGAAAGUUCUUCAAGUGGCGCGAUUCCACUGCAAGAGGAUUGACGUCAUUACGGUCCAGACUCUUUUGGUGCUGGUUGACAUUCAUCCGAGUGUUAAACAAAGAUGCUUAAUGGAGCAGAAAAGAAGGAGACAGAGGGCUACCAAGAAAGUCUGCAUAUUUAUUGGCUCUUUUGUGUUCUGCUUCACUCCGUACGUCAUAACAAGACUGACGGAACUGAUUCCAUCAGUGCAGAUCAACCCACAGUGGGGAGUCAUCAGUAAAUGCCUGGUGUACAGCAAGGCUGCAAUGGAUCCUUUUGUCUAUUCCUUGCCACGACAAGAAUACAGAAAGGCACUCAUUGGAAUGACUAAUACACUUUCAGGAUGCAAAUAUUCCUCCUCCUCUGACCACAACAAUACCUCAUACGCAGAAAAUGAUAGUAAUAUGCAGAGGGUGAGCUGA